AUAAUAAUAAAAUUAUUAUAUGAGCCAGGGAGGAUAGACUUUAUUCAGAGAGGAUACAUAAGAGUCCUGCGUCUCCUGCAGCCUUGAUGCCGUUCUGGCACACCACAGGAUAAAUUAGGAGUAUUGGCUCAAGUUCAUAGACUUCAUAUCAACAUCAGUGUCAGAUUGACCUGCAUGAAGAAGUCUGGCCUGGUUAUGUCACUAGUAUGUGUGCUUUAUUAGUCACACACUGAACACACAGGUUCUUGCUGUUCAUCCAGAGUCGUGUCCACUAGGUGGCAGCAGUGCACCUUUACGUUGGUUGUACAGAAGAAGAAGAAACCCGGAAGCUGCUAGCAGCGCUAGCUUGUUGUUGUUCUGGUGUGUGAGGUGAAUGAAUAUUUGAGUCUCUGGGAGAGUUGAUCGGCUAAAGCGACUAACUGCUGCUGCUGCAGAAAUCUUCUCACCAAACUGUGGAAACUUUCUUCUCCUCCUCAACAACUUGGUGGACUUCUUUCCAGAACCAGAGAAGAUAUUCUGCGGUCUUCGUGACAAUCGGAGCUCCAGAAGCAGCUGUUAGCUAAACACGGCUAAAGAAAACCUGCUACCACUUCAGGAUCCAUCAGCUGGGACUGCUUCAUCAGCAUGGACACAGAUGUUCUCCAGAUGGUUAAAGAAGAAGCUCCUGAAGAUCAGAGUGCUGGUGUGGACCAGCAGCACCCAGAACAGUUCCACAUAAAGGAGGAACAGGAGGAACUCUGGACCAGUCUGGAAGGAGAGCAGCUCCUUUUGAAGAAGGAGACUAAUUCUGCCAGGUUUCCAUUCAUAUCAGGUUCUAUAAAAAGUGAGGAUGAUGAAGACAAACCUCUGGUCUUACAUCUUCUUUAUCAGCAGCAAAUAGAGGACAGAGAUGUUCCAACCAACAGCUCAGCUGACCAGACAACAGCAGAAACUGGCAGAGAAGCAGAAUCUAGCAGGAACCCAGUUCUGAACCCCGAUGAACAGAUAUCUGAUUCUUUACAGACUGAAGUUAGUGGAGAUGAUGUGAAUCUAAAUGUUGAGCUAUUAGACUCUAGUCACAUUCAUAAUAAAUGUUUAAACAGACACAUGAGAGUCCACACAAGAGAGAAACCCUUUGCCUGUGAGCUCUGUGAACAAAUAUUUAGUCAUAAAUCCACAUUAAACCAUCACACAAGAGUCCACACAGGACAGAAACUGUUUGCGUGUGACCUCUGUGGAAAAAGCUUUAAUCGAAGGACAAUUUUGAAUACUCACAUGAGAGUCCACACAGGACAGAAACCCUUUGUGUGUGAGCUCUGUGAACAAAGAUUUAGUCAAAAAUCAACAUUAAACACUCACAUGAGAGGCCAUACAGGACAGAAACCGUUUGUGUGUGAACGCUGUGGAAAAAGCUUUAAUCGAAGGACAAAUUUGAAUACUCACAUGAGAAUCCACACAGGACAGAAAUUGUUUGCGUGUGAACUCUGUGGAAAAAGCUUUAAUCAAAAGACAAAUUUGAAUACUCACAUGAGAGUCCACACAGGACAGAAACCCUUUGUGUGUGAGCUCUGUGAACAAAGAUUUAGUCAAAAAUCAGCAUUAAAUACUCACAUGAGAGUCCACACAGGACAGAAACCGUUUGCUUGUGAACGCUGUGGAAAAAGCUUUAAUCGAAGGACAAAUUUGAACACUCACAUGAGAGUCCACACAGGACAAAAACCCUUUGUGUGUGAGCUAUGUGGACAAAGAUUUAGUUUUAAGCAAACAUUAAACAUACACAUGAGAGUCCACACAAGAGAGAAACCCUUUGCCUGUGAGCUCUGUGAACAAAGAUUUAGUCGUAAAUUCACAUUAAACCGUCACAUGAGAGUCCACACAGGACAGAAAUUGUUUGCGUGUGAGCUCUGUGAACAAAGAUUUAGUCAAAAAUCAACAUUGAACACUCACAUGAGAGUCCACACAGGACAGAAACCGUUUGCGUGUGAACUCUGUGGAAAAAGCUUCACUCUAAAGGGAAAUUUGAACGCUCACAUGAGAGUCCACACAGGACAAAAACCCUUUGACUGUGAGCUAUGUGGACAAAGAUUUAGUUUUAAGCAAAUAUUAAACACUCACAUGAGAGUCCACACAAGAGAGAAACCCUUUGUGUGUGAGCUCUGUGAACAAAGAUUUAGGCAAAAAUCUACAUUAAACGGUCACAUGAGAAUCCACACAGGACAGAAACCGUUUGCGUGUGAACUCUGUGGAAAAAGCUUUACUCUAAAGACAAAUUUGAACACUCACAUGAGAGUCCACACAGGGCACAAACCGUUUGUGUGUGAACUCUGUGGGAAAAGCUUUAAUCGAAGGACAAAUUUGAACACUCACAUGAGAGUCCACACAGGACAGAAACUCUUUGCCUGUGAGUUAUGUGGACAAAGAUUUAGCUGUAAGAAAAAUUUAAACAGUCACAUGAGAGUCCACAAAGGACAUUACAAAUAAAUUUAAAGUGCACUUUUACUGAUAAACAGUAUAAAUACGUGACAAAAUGCUGUAGACAAUUGAGGUCAUUAUUUUAGCAUUUUUGUGCAUCUUAUGUAACCCUCCCACUGUCCCUUGAGGUCCACAUGGCAGGGGUGAGGAGUGAGCACCACCUCACCCCUGUCACGUGGACCUUAAGGGAUGAACCAUCAACCCUGCUCAAUGGUCAACUUUCCUCGCGGGGUCACACAUUAGGACAGUGGGAGGGUUAGAAUGUAAACA